GCGAGCGAGCGAGCAAGCACCGGGAGAAGCAGCGGUGCGUCCUGCGCCGCUGGGCUGCAGAAGCGCCCCGAGACGCGCGCGAGGGACGCCGGCGCAGCCCCGGCCGCCCACUCAGGUUUAUUACAAACGUGCCAAAGGGAUAUUGGUGAAAAUAAAGAUGGAAUCUGAUUCAAGGCCUCCUCCAUAUUAUGAAAAUUAUGCCUAUCAGCCAGAACAUGCUGUUCCUCCAAGGUACAUCAGUGGCCAUAACUUGCCUCCACAUUACUCAUCUUCAUAUUAUCCUCCAUCAGUGCCACGUUAUAGCCGAAGGGUUUCUACUCAGCAGUCAAAUCCAGUGCCAAUGACAGUGCAGCCAAAGUCACCUUACUUAUGCACACCAAGAAUCACCAAAGCUUUCUGUUUCCUUAUGUCGAUUAUAAUAAUACUAAUAGGAGCUGGAACCGCCUGUGUUCUUAUCUGGUACUUUGUAAUAAACACUUGCUUUGGCUCCAAGAUACCAUGCGGUACUACAGGAAUAUGUGUGACGCCAUCUCAGUGGUGUGAUGGAGUUAGUGAUUGCCCUAAUGGUGAAGAUGAAACUCGUUGUGUUAGACUUUAUGGACCAGAAUUUCUCCUGGAAGUCUAUUCAUAUAAAAGCAAGGAUUGGUACCCAGUAUGCUAUGAUAAUUGGAAUGAUAAACAUGGGAAAACCGCCUGUGAAGACAUGGGAUAUAACUCGAACACGUAUGUUGACAGCCUGGAGGUGCCACUCAUGGCUGGAUCUAGGAACGUUAUGAGGCUGAAUACAAGUGCAGGGGAUAUAGACUUGUAUAAGAAAUUAUACAACAGCUACUCAUGUCCAUCAGGAAGUGCGGUAUCUCUGCGAUGCAUAAACUGUGGCAGGUCGAGUAAACGGAAGGCUCGGAACAGGAUUGUGGGUGGAAAUAUCACCUUUUUAGGAGACUGGCCAUGGCAAGUCAGCCUUCAUAUCAAAAGCACCCACCUAUGCGGAGGGUCCAUUAUCACUCCUGAAUGGAUUGUAACAGCAGCUCACUGUGUGGAAGGGGCAUAUUCUCAGGCACACUACUGGAAGGUUUAUGCUGGAAUUCUGACACAGCCGGAAAUGAUUUCUUCAAAGGGACACAGUGUAGCCAGAAUAAUUUCUCAUCCAAACUAUGAUCCAGCUACUAAAAAUAAUGAUGUCGCCCUUAUGAAGUUACAGUCUCCUCUUCUUUUUAAUGAAUUUAUAAGACCAGUUUGUUUGCCCAACCCUGGAAUGAUGUUCCAGCCUGAGCAGUGGAGUUGGAUAACCGGAUGGGGAGCCAGACGCCAAGGAGGUAACACUUCAAAAGAGCUGAAUGAAGCAAUAGUACAUCUGAUACCAUCAAAUAUAUGUAAUAACAGAUUUAUUUAUAAUGGAGCCAUCUUGCCUACUAUGAUUUGUGCUGGCUACCUAAGAGGAGGCGUGGAUUCUUGUCAGGGGGACAGUGGUGGUCCAUUGGUCACUUUGAAAAACACCGUGUGGUGGUUAGUAGGUGACACAAGUUGGGGAACAGGCUGCGCUAGUCAACUUAAACCUGGAGUUUAUGGUAACAUGACUGUGUUCACGGACUGGAUUUACCGAAAUAUGCAGGCAAACAGAUGAUGACGACUCCACUCUGCCACAUCUUCUCCCCGUGGAAUGACUGCUGCCCCAGUGAUGCAUUGGAUUGCUUCUUUCAGUGGUGGAUCAAAAAGCCUUUCUUGUCCUUCCCAAUUUUUAUAUUAAGUGUCUUUUAAAAAUGACUUUUAGGUCCUCAACACUUCAUACAGUGACUAUAACCUGACUGUUUGCAAAUGCUUGGUGCCAUUGCAAGCACAAUUAGUCUACCAAGCAUAAAUUAGGUUUUGCAAAAGUCUGUAUUUUGUGAUGGCAACAGUCGGGUGGCCAGCAUUUCCUUUCACCAACUACUUGCUGAAGAUUCCUUUAUUUCUGAGGAUUCACAGCUAUUUUUAUUUUAUUUUUAAGUUAUAACCAAAUUUGUAAAUUGCUGUUUCUAUUUUGGAAUACAAGCACAACAUCUCGUUACUUAAAGUGUUGUUCAGUAUAUAGUGUUUUCUUAGUGAUUAGUAUAGCAGUGAAGUGAAUAUUUGGGCUGCUGGCUAGCCCAGAUUUUCAAGACUCGGGGAAAACUCGGGACUUGAAAUACUACAUGAAAGGAGACAUUCUUCUAAAAUGUCACUGACAGAUGAAAAAUACAUCUUAUAUAUUCAGGUACCCAUAAUUCUUUAUACUUUUUGCUGGUAUUAUUAAUUCUGAAAUCAAGUAUAUAUCCAAUUUCAGUUGAAUGUUUCCCUUUCUCCAUUAUGCAUGUAUAAUCAAGAUUAGCUGAUUUCAGAAAACUAUUGGACUUCCAUUUUUUAAAGAGAAUACUCCAGGGUCAUAUAUCUGAUGGAGGAAGAAUGAAGUAGCUAGCAUUUUGAAGUCACAUAAGAGUUCUGGAUUGGCAGCUAGACAUGUAGCAGAUGCAUCUUGAGUUGCUGAAGCCAGAAGCGGUGACUAACAAAUAGUUCAACAUUUUCUGUCUCUUUUCUAAGCAAAGAAUAAAUAUCUUGUGAAGCUGCGCUGUGCACAGUUCACUCUUGUCAACUCCAGAUACUAAGUUUAUGAAAAAAGGAAAGAAGAAAGCAACAUUAAUUACUUAAUCUUAUGACUACCUCAUUUUGUAAAACACUGACAAAAUUGAAUGUGUUAAGCAGACAAAUCUUUCCAGUUAAUGCAUUCUUGUAAGAUUUAUGAAGAUGUUACUGUGCCUAGGUAUGUUACUCUGUAGAAAGACUAGAUCAUAAACAUAAUGGCAUUGAUUUCCCCCCUUCCCCUUUGAUUUGAAUGGACUGACAUAAUAUUGCUGCUAUUGAAAUUCACUUUUUAAAAAUGUGCCUGAUUGUGAAGAAACUUUCACAUCAGGUUUCUGAGAUACAAUAGGUUAUGUAAUAAAGUGCCAUUAUUCAAAAUAAAUCCUGCAGAAUUGUUAACUAUCCAUCAUUACAGUUUUAGGUAGGAAAUGGGGUUUUUUAGUUUCAGAAAUACAAUGUGUAUUUUGUACUCAAGUGACAAGGAAUAAACUUUUUAUAGUCUUUCUGUGUC